UCCCUCUCUUGUCCCCUCCCUCCUCUCUCCCUCCUCUCCUCUCUCUCGUCUUUCAGCCAGACUGUUUUUUGCUGCAGUGAGCGGCAGCCGUGGAGAAAGAGACGUGAGAAAGGCGCUUGAAAAAGGGGGGCGCAAAACACCACAAAAAAAACAAAACAACAAAAGACACAAGAAAGAAGGAUUUCGUCGCCAGAAAGAGUGGAUAACAUCAGACUGAGUGGAAAGGAAGGAGCUUCCAGAAGCAAAGAGCAUCACCACCAGGGAAGCCAAGUGGAGACAAGGAGGCGGAACGUAACGGUCGCCCUCCUCUGGGAUCCCCCUCCUGAGCUCCUGGCAGGCCCUCCUUCACUUGAGGUUUCAGCGUAAACAAGCAGGAUCUGUGUGCCCAACCAUGGCUUUCCCAUCAGCCCCUGCUCCGUUAUGGAUUGCCGGCUUAAUGACGCUAGCCUUCGCAGCUGCAGUUCACAGCAACGUUGUCUUUGACGACGACCCCCUGCAGCCCGUCACUUCCGACGAGAUGGUGUCGGUGGGCGGCACAGUCAAGCUGACCUGCCGGGUGGCCGAAAGCGACAACUCGUCCCUGCAGUGGUCCAACACGGCCCAGCAGACGCUAUAUUUCGGAGAGAAGAGAGCACUGCGAGACAACCGCAUCCAGCUGCACCGCUCCACACCCACCGAGCUCUCCAUCACCAUCUCCGAGGUGCAGCUGUCCGAUGAGGGCGAGUACACCUGCUCCAUCUUUACCAUGCCAGUGCGCACUGCCCGGGCCACAGUCACCGUGCUAGGUGUGCCAGGCAAACCUCACAUCUCUGGAAUAGAGAAUCCGGUGCAGGAGGGGGGCACCGUCACUCUGACCUGCACCAGCACAGGCAGCAAACCCCCCGCCAGGUUGCACUGGUUUCGUGGGGACGAGGAGCUGGAAGGCCGCCCGGACGUAGUGGAGUCGGUUCCGGAUGAGCCCACGUACAACGUGAGCAGCGAGCUGACGCUGGAGGUGAGCCGCAGUGACGACAACCAGGUCAUCACCUGCGCCGUCGACCAUCCCUCCCUGGCACCGGGGGACAAGAGGAGCGAACACGCCCUGAGAGUCUUGUAUUCCCCGAAUGUUCAGAUCCUGCCUGAGAGCGAUCUGCCUCGCGAGGGGGAGAAGUUUCAUCUCCAGUGUUUGGGCAACAGCAACCCUAAGCCGUCGUCCUACAUUUGGGAAAAGAAAGAUGGAGAGCUCCCCCCACUGGCCAAAGCCAACGGUGCGUUCCUGCACUUUGAGAUGCUGAACAAAACGGACAACGGUGUGUACCUGUGCUUCGUGGACAACGGCAUCGGGAGCAGCGUUGGGGAAUACAUGUUGCUGGUGCAAGACCCGGACACCACGUUGGUCUCUGCGACCUCUUCUCCUACGCCGCCAUAUUCUUCCCUCGCGACUGAUUCCCCUUCUUCCUCCACCAUUCUGGAACUUUCCUCCGCCGCGUUCCAGCCUGAGAGCACCACCAGGCUCUCCAACGACCUUUUCCCCGACCUCACCUUCACGCCUGACGCCUCAUCUACUUCCACUCUGACUCCACCUCCCUUCACUGCAAGCGUGGUGCCUUCCUCCCCCUUCCCCUCCUCCCUCCCUACCUUCUCCACAUCCUCAGUUUCCGACUCGCAGAACGGACUUUUCACUUCCACAGCUGCUGACAACAUUGCAGACCCCACCGCCAUGUCCACGUCCUCGGGCGUGGACCACGCCGUGAUCGGAGGGGUGGUGGCUGUCAUCGUCUUCAUCCUGCUCUGCCUCCUCAUCGUCCUUGGAAGAUACCUCAUCAGACACAAAGGAACAUAUUUGACCCAUGAGGCCAAAGGUUCCGAUGACGCUCCAGACGCUGACACGGCCAUCAUCAACGCCGAGGGCGGCCAUUCCGGAGCAGAGGACAAGAAGGAGUACUUCAUCUAGUUAGGAGGAGGAUGGAAGGAGUGAAGGGAGGAGAAGAGGAGAGAAGGAAAGAACAAUCUUGCAUUUGUUUUCACGCCACUCAGUUGGAGGAGGGGCGGGGGGCGGAUAGAGGAGGAGGGGGAACUUUUUGCAUCGAUACAGGGAUGUGAGAUUUGCACUGACAGAAACACACACAUACACACACACACACACACACAGAGCGUCAAUUAACCAACACACCUCCUGCUAACCUAUGAAUUGUUCUUCUUAUUAUUUGUAUUAUUAUUUGGAUUCCACCUUUUUCUAACCAGCUCCAAAAUUGUAACUCACGUUCCGACUUCCUGAGCUGCUACACCACCCGUCACUAACCCGCCCACCCGCUACCCCACCUCCGACCAACGCCGCCCUUAACGUCCUUCCCAUCAAGCGGUCGGAAUGCUAACAGGCCCUCCAUGUACGUAUGAAUAUAUUUAUAAAUAUCUAUAAAUAUAGCAUUGUUUGUAUGGACAGAAGGCUGUAAAUAAGAACACUGCUCAUGUACGUCACCUUCCUCCUUCAGUACUCGUAUUGCCUGGUUUACUACAUGCGUACUACAGAUGAUACAAAAUAGAUGCUAAUACUUGUAAGAAGUACCAACAAAGGCGUUGCAAUGUAAACUAACUUUAAUAUUUCUAAAAGGACUUUCUGUGUUUUUUUUUAUUCCUUCUGGGGACAUGAGAGUUGUCAGUGUUUACACUCGCAGUCAACACGCUGUACCGUCACUCAUCAUACCGGUGUUUGAUUCCAAGCUCGCAGGCAGCCCAUUGUCACAAUAAGGCCUCUGUCCCGCCGUCUUGAAGGAAGGAUUCCAUCAGCGAAGCGCGUCGCCGGCUGGCAGAGGCAGGCCUUGGCGAGGGACCACAUGAUGGAAAUAGAUCGCAAUCUCACUAAGAGGCUGCAGGGGCCGAGACGGGUGGCGGGCUCUGCGCCAGGCUGCACUCCCAAGCCCGAAAGUCGUCUAAGAACUUUUAACGUCCUCAUCUUUCUCUUCCGGCGCUGCGCUCGUCCGUUUCUUUUUAUUCUUUAAUCAAUCAGCUCGUCUGCGUCCUCGUUCACCUUCAAACCCCGCGCCCACCCCCUCCCCAAGCUUCGAUAUACGUGAUUGAUGUCCUGCUUUGCACACAUGCUCCUUAUGGACACUGAUGUGGGCAAAAGUAUUAAGACACAGCCACUUCAAUUGAUCAGUUAGUCGUCUAUCUUAGCAGGACAAUUGUAUGCUUCCAGUGAAAGCAUUGGGGACAUUCCCUUUUAUGUUCCCAGUGCACAACGCGCUGUCCCAACACUUUUGUCCAUAUAAUGUGUGUCUCUACCGUGUUUUAUUUGCAAUGUUCAGGGAUUCUUCUUGUACCCCUAACCACCCCCUCGUUGUUGACUGCUAGCGAAUGUGCUAACGUUUGCAAGCCAGCGGUCCCCAAACCAGUUUGGAUCAAAGAAGGUCUUAGCGUUGGGUUCUCCCGAUGUUCUUCACGUCUGCAGGCCAGAGGACGCAUGUGCUUUUUGUCCCACAGUCCACUUCGUGCUCCCCCCCCCCCCCCCCCCCCCCCCCCAAUUGGAGUCUUUUAAAGAGAAGAAGCAUAGCUGCGUUGUCCUCCAAGCGUCGUAGUGUUUUGACAAAACUAAUGGACCUAUAUUUGCCUGUAAUGGUCGUCCUGUUCUUCGUCUUAUAGCUAAUGUGCUAGCAUGUAGCGUGCAUGAGAACCUGUGGGUGAUGUUAGAUAGUGUGGGGACAUGUCAGGAGAAUCAACGACGUCUCUCGCGGGGGGGGAGAGCACAAAAAGUCGUCCUCCGUCCUCUGACCUACAGCGGGCACAAGACGUAAGACGUAAGCUGUCUGGCAGAAGACAAAAAAAAAAGGAGGCUGUGACCGUUCACCUUCCAGCGCGUCCGUGCAGUGUUGAGCAGUUGCCACUAGGUGUCAGCAAAAGAGCAGCUUUUCUUUGUGUACAUUUAAAUUAUGUCCUUGCAUUUCCUCACAUUGACUUGAUAAUCAUUCCUUUUUUUAGACCUUUAGAUGCUCCAAAACUUGAACGUUAGACAUUUAAACAUUUUAUUUUUUGUAUUUGUGUAUAUAGUCUUGCCUUUACUGGAUACUAGCGUGCAUCCAUACACACUUUGUGUGUGUAGGAGUGACAAGUGUGUGUUAUCGACCCAAACAGGCGCAUCCACAAGAGUUGUGUUUAGUCUUUGUUGCUAGUGUCAUUGUUUUGGAUGACAUGUCUUCUUCUUUCAUAUCACAUGACAACAUACCGGUCAUGUUUGUUCAUUGUUACCAUGACGAAUGAGGAUGAUGAUGAUGUCACGAUAAAGGCAAGUCCCAGCCAGCCGCAUGCUGUGGUGGCUUUGCCGCUGUUGGCACUUAUGUUCAAACUGUACUUAAUUUGCUUUCUUCCUUUUGUUGGAUUUGGUUUAUUUUUGUUUAGUUUUUUGUUCAAAUACCAGUUUGGUUGUUGACUUCAAUAAAGAUGCAAUUGGGUUAAUUUCA